UCCCGGGAGUUCCCGGGUAGGCGGGCAACGAAGGGCAGGAGGGGAUGGGUAGCCCGGAACGCCCAUCGCAGAAGGUUCAGGGUCAAGGUUGGUCUAAGGACAGGCCAUCCCCUCCACAUCCACAUCAGCAAAACGGGCUGACACAGGGACCAGAAGCCCUGUUUACAGAGCUGGGGUUUGGAGUCGGCAAGAGUGGAAGACAGAACCGGCUGCAUCUCAGGCUCUUGGAACGGGUUGUCUGAUCCGGUCCUCUUUCCCUCACCUGGGAAACAAUCCACUUCAUGCCCCUUAUCAAGCGGGCGGAUACCUGAGACUGUCGUCCUGAACUUCGCCCAGUGGUUGGAUUCAGAAUAGCUAAUUCGCCCUCACAACCGCUGGAUUGACACCACCCCGCAUUGCCUUGAGCCUGUCACUUUAAGAAAAACGACGUUAUCCUAUUUCUAUUAUUCACGUCUGUUCUGGAGGGUUGCUCUCUACACGCUAAGUCUGAGCCCUGACCCGGAAGUAGAGGCUGCUUGGGGCGAGAGUGCGGGUUUGAGGUCCAGCACUAGAAGGGGCGGGCCGAAAGGGGCGUGCUUUGAUGGCGAACUGUCGCUGUAGCCCUGGGAAGUCCACACCUCCACCCUUUUCCCCGCCUCCUGUAACUCACUGGGAGAGUUUUGUGCCAAUUAAUUCUGCCAUUACCCAGUGGCCAGUCAACUAUCCCUUCGGUUCCGCCCGGUGGUGUCAACUGGGUUGACAACGCCUAGGUGUGCGCAUGCGCUCCAGCGCUACCACUUUUGGGACCUCUCGUUUAGACCGGGACUCUGCGCACGCCCAAAGGGCUCCCCCGCGUCUUAGCGCUCUGCCACCUUCCUGCGCGUGCGUCGGGUUUCAUGCCUUCAAGUUUUCCUUUUCCGGGUCCCAACUAGGCCGUCAGGCGCAUGCGCCACUGCUGGCUGGCGGCUCGCUGCUCCUUCCGGCCUCCCCCUUGGGCCGGGUCCCGCAGUAGCCGGGCGAGCGCGGAGACCGAAGCGAGUGACCUGUAACCCCGGAAGUGGACCUCAGGGUCCCGGGGCUCUCCCCGGGCCGGAGCCGAGGAAGCCGUCGCCUGCACCCCCGGAGCACCCACCCCACGCCCAUCUCUGGAUGCCGCCGACGGGUGUCCGGCCCGUGCCCCGCGCCUGCCUACCGGCUCGGCCCCUCGGAGCAGUUUUGGGCCGGGGGUGGGGGCCUGGACCCCGCCCCUGAUGAGGCUCCACCCCCGCGUCCAGGCCUCGCUCCGCUGACUGCCCGGGUCGGCCCCGCCCCCUACCCGCCCCCUCGCCCGGCCGACCCCUCUCCCCGGCUGGGGGAGGCCAUGGCGUGAGCGCGAGGCCGGGCCCCGGGGCCCUCGGGCGCCAGGCGGGGCAUGGGCCGGCGGCCGCCCCAAUGAGGGUCCCGGGAGGGGGGCGCGCGCAGCAGCGGCGGGGCCAUGGGGUCGCAGGUAUUGCAGAUCCUGCGCCAGGGGGUGUGGGCCUCGCUCACUGGCGGUUGGUUCUUCGACCCGCACCAGAGCACCUUCUCCAACUGCUUCCAUCUUUACGUCUGGAUCUUCUUGCUCACCUUUCCCUUCUUGCUGUACAUGGUCCUGCCUCCCAGCUUGAUGGUGGCCGGCGUGUACUGCCUCGUGGUGGCUGUCAUCUUCACUACCAUCAAGACUGUGAACUAUCGGCUACAUGCUAUGUUCGAUCAGGGCGAGAUUGUGGAGAAGCGCAACUCGACCAUGGGGGAGCCGGAGGAGGAGCCUGCACAGGGGGACAGCAGUCUGCCCAGGGACCCUGGAGUGGAGAUGACGGUGUUUCGGAAAGUGAGUUCCACACCUCCGGUACGCUGUAGCUCCCAGCAUUCCGUGUUUGGCUUCAACCAGGUCUCGGAGCUGCUGCCCCGGAUGGAGGACUCUGGGGCCCUAAGAGACAUCAAGGAGCUGGUGCGGGAGCAGGGCAGCAACAAUGUGAUCGUGACCUCAGCGGAUCGAGAGAUGCUGAAGCUAAGCUCGCAGGAGAAACUGAUUGGAGACCUUCCUCAGACACCCCCGGGGGCUGCCCCAGACCCCUCUCUCCCCAGCACAGACUCUUCAGAACGUUCUCCCUUGGCUGGAGAUGGAGCCCCCUGGAGUGGAAGCAGUGUGGCCGACACUCCCAUGAGCCCCCUUCUGAAGGGGAGCCUCAGCCAGGAGCUGAGCAAGAGCUUCCUGACCCUGACCCGGCCUGAGCGGGCCCUGGUGAGGACCAGCAGUCGACGGGAACAACGCCGGGGAGCAGGUGGCUACCAGCCCUUGGACCGGCGGGGCUCGGGUGAGCCCACCCCCCAGAAAGCAGGCUCCUCGGAUUCCUGCUUCAGUGGCACUGACAGGGAGACGUUGAGCAGCUUCAAGAGCGAAAAGACCAACUCAACCCAUCUGGACAGCCCCCCCGGCGGGCAAGCCCCUGAGGGCAGCGACACAGAUCCACCCUCUGAGGCUGAGCUGCCCGCAUCACCAGAUGCCGGAGUCCCCUCCGAUGACACACUGCGUUCCUUUGACACAGUCAUAGGAGCAGGGACGCCGCCGGGCCCAGCUGAGCCACUCCUGGUUGUGCGGCCCAAGGACUUGGCCUUACUGCGGCCCACCAAACGGCGGCCACCCAUGCGAAGACACUCCCCACCUGGCCGUGCCCCUCGGAGGCCCCUGCUUGAAGGUGGGGGCUUCUUUGAGGACGAAGACACCAGUGAGGGCAGCGAACUGAGUCCAGCCUCCAGCCUCCGAUCUCAGCGCCGCUACAGUACUGACAGCUCUUCCUCCACCUCCUGUUACUCCCCCGAGAGCUCCCGUGGUGCAGCUGGGGGACCCCGGAAGCGACGGGCCCCUCAUGGGGCUGAGGAGGGGACUGCCGUGCCCCCCAAGCGGCCCUAUGGGACCCAGCGGACGCCUAGUACUGCCAGCGCCAAAACGCAUGCCCGUGUGCUGAGCAUGGAUGGGGCAGGGGGUGAUGUCCUAAGGGCCCCCCUGGCUGGCUCCAAGGCUGAGCUGGAGGCCCAGGCGGGGGUGGAGCUGGCUUCUGGUGAGCCUGCUUUGCUGCCUGCUGAGGCCCACAGGGGACCUGCUGCCAACCAGCCCGGCUGGCGGGGGGAACUGCAAGAGGAAGGUGCUGUGGGGGGAGCAGCUGACGAGACUGGCAAGCGGGACCGCACGAGCAGUGUGCGGCGGACUCAGGCGAUCCGCCGGCGCCACAAUGCGGGCAGCAAUCCCACCCCUCCAGCCUCUGUCAUGGGCUCGCCGCCCAGCAGCCUGCAGGAGGCUCAGCGCAGCCGGGCCGCCUCUCACUCCCGGGCGCUGACGCUGCCCUCCGCCUUGCACUUCGCUUCGUCGCUGCUGCUCACGCGGGCGGGCGCCGCUGUGCACGAGGCCUGCACCUUUGAUGACACAUCCGAGGGUGCCGUGCACUACUUCUAUGACGAGAGCGCCUCUCUCAGACGUGGGCGGUCUCAUUAUCCAUGCUGUGCUUAUGAGGAAGCCGAGGCACGGCCUGAAGUCACAGCCGAGCAAGUGGCAGAACAGGGACCUGAACCCAGGGCAGGCCGACCUGCAGGCCCUCUCCGCUCCAGCUCAGGGUCCCUAGGGGCUGGGCUGCCAUACAGGGGAGCUCCUCACCGGAUGGUCCACGUGGGUCAGGCCUUGGUGCCCCUGUCCCUGACGUGCUGCCUUGUGUCCCACACCCCUGGCCCAGGCGUGCGGCGUUCCUACACCUUCGGCCUAGCUGGAGGCGGCUACGAGAACCCUGUGGGGCAGCAGGGGGAGCAGGCGGCCAAUGGAGCUUGGGACCGCCACUCACAUUCCUCCAGCUUCCACUCGGCCGAUGUCCCUGAGGCAGCGGGUGGCCUGAACCUGCUGCAGCCAAGGCCCGUGGUUCUGCAGGGCAUGCAGGUGCGCCGAGUGCCCCUGGAGAUCCCGGAGUUUGACCUGCUGGACCAGGACUCCCUGCACGAAUCCCAGGAGCAGACGCUGAUGGAGGAGGCGCCGCCUCGGGCCCAGCACAGCUACAAGUACUGGCUCCUUCCUGGCCGCUGGACAUCCGUGCGCUAUGAGCGGCUGGCCCUCCUGGCCCUGUUGGACCGGACUCGGGGGCUGGUGGAGAACAUACUCGGCAUCGGCCUGAGCAGCCUCGUCGCCUUCCUGGGCUACCUGUUGCUGCUCAAGGGCUUCUUCACGGAUAUCUGGGUCUUCCAGUUCUGCUUGGUCAUCGCCUCCUGCCAGUAUUCCCUGCUCAAGAGCGUGCAGCCUGAUGCGGCGUCUCCCAUGCACGGCCACAACUGGGUGAUUGCAUAUAGCCGGCCUGUCUACUUCUGCAUCUGCUGUCUGCUCAUCUGGCUGUUGGACGCCCUGGGCUCAGCUCAGCCCUUCCCACCCGUCUCCCUGUAUGGCCUCACGCUCUUCUCCGCCUCCUUCUUCUUCUGUGCCCGGGAUGUGGCUACCGUGUUCACCUUGUGCUUCCCGUUCGUCUUCCUCCUGGGCCUCCUUCCCCAGGUUAACACCUGUCUCAUGUACCUGCUGGAGCAGAUAGACAUGCACGGCUUUGGGGGUACAGCUGCCACCAGUCCGCUCACGGCGGUGUUCAGCCUCUCCCGCAGCCUGCUGGCUGCUGCUCUGCUCUAUGGUUUCUGCCUCGGGGCCAUCAAGACUCCUUGGCCGGAACAGCACGUCCCUGUCCUCUUCUCGGUCUUCUGUGGCCUCCUGGUGGCACUGUCCUACCACCUGAGCCGUCAGAGCAGUGAUCCCACUGUGCUCUGGUCCCUGAUCCGGAGCAAGCUCUUCCCCGAGCUGGAGGAGAGGAGCUUGGAGACAGCUCGGGCUGAGCCCCCAGACCCGCUGCCAGACAAGAUGCGUCAGUCGGUGCGUGAGGUCCUGCACUCUGACCUGGUGAUGUGUGUGGUGAUCGCUGUGCUCACCUUCGCCAUCAGCGCCAGCACCGUCUUCAUCGCCCUGAAGUCGGUGCUGGGCUUCGUGCUGUACGCGCUGGCCGGGGCCGUGGGCUUCUUCACACACUACUUGCUGCCGCAGCUCCGCAAACAGCUGCCCUGGUUCUGCCUGUCGCAGCCCGUGCUGAAGCCAUCCGAGUACAGCCAGUACGAAGUUCGCGGCGCUGCGCAGGUGAUGUGGUUCGAGAAGCUGUACGCCAGCCUUCAGUGCGUCGAGAAGUACCUCAUCUACCCCGCCGUGGUGCUCAACGCUCUCACAGUGGACGCCCACGCCGUCGUCAGCCACCCGGACAAGUUCUGCCUCUACUGCCGGGCGCUGCUGAUGACCGUGGCUGGGCUGAAGCUGUUACGCUCAGCCUUCUGCUGCCCACCCCAGCAGUACCUGACCUUGGCCUUCACCGUCCUGCUCUUCCACUUCGACUACCCACGCCUGUCCCAGGGCUUUUUGCUCGACUACUUCCUCAUGUCCCUGCUGUGCAGCAAGCUGUGGGACCUGCUGUAUAAGCUGCGUUUUGUGCUGACCUACAUCGCGCCCUGGCAGAUCACCUGGGGCUCCGCUUUCCAUGCUUUCGCCCAGCCCUUUGCCGUGCCUCACUCGGCCAUGCUGUUCGUUCAAGCUCUGCUCUCGGCACUCUUCUCCACGCCACUCAACCCCCUGCUGGGCAGCGCUGUCUUCAUCAUGUCCUACGCGCGGCCCCUCAAGUUCUGGGAGCGCGACUACAACACUAAACGUGUGGAUCAUUCCAACACCCGCCUGGUCACACAGCUGGAUCGGAACCCCGGCGCCGACGACAACAACCUCAACUCCAUCUUCUAUGAGCACUUGACGCGCUCGCUGCAGCACACGCUAUGUGGGGACCUGGUGCUGGGCCGCUGGGGCAACUACGGCCCCGGCGACUGCUUUGUCCUGGCCUCUGACUACCUCAACGCCCUGGUGCACCUCAUCGAGGUCGGCAAUGGCCUCGUCACCUUCCAGCUGCGUGGCCUUGAGUUCCGGGGUACAUACUGCCAGCAGCGCGAGGUAGAGGCCAUCACGGAGGGCGUGGAGGAGGACGAGGGCUGCUGCUGCUGCGAGCCUGGCCACCUGCCGCGGGUCCUGUCCUUCAAUGCCGCCUUCGGGCAGCGCUGGCUGGCCUGGGAGGUGACGGCCAGCAAGUACGUGCUGGAGGGCUACAGCAUCAGUGACAAUAACGCGGCCUCCAUGCUGCAGGUGUUCGAUCUCCGCAAGAUCCUCAUCACUUACUACGUCAAGAGCAUCAUCUACUACGUGAGCCGCUCACCGAAGCUGGAGGCGUGGCUUAGCCACGAGGGCAUCGCAGCGGCCCUGCGGCCUGUGAGGGCGCCGGGCUACGCUGACUCGGACCCCACCUUCUCCCUGAGUGUGGAUGAGGACUAUGACCUUCGCCUCUCUGGCCUCUCGCUGCCUGCCUUCUGUGCGGUGCACCUUGAGUGGAUCCAGUACUGCGCCUCCCGGCGCAGCCAGCCUGUGGAUCAAGAUUGGAACUCGCCGCUGGUCACGCUGUGUUUUGGUCUGUGUGUGCUGGGCCGACGGGCCCUGGGGACAGCCUCGCAUAGCAUGUCUGCCAGCCUGGAGCCCUUCCUCUACGGCCUGCACGCCCUGUUCAAGGGGGACUUCCGCAUCACCUCCCCACGUGACGAGUGGGUCUUCGCUGACAUGGACCUGCUUCAUCGUGUGGUGGCGCCCGGGGUUCGCAUGGCCCUCAAGCUUCACCAGGACCACUUCACGUCCCCAGAUGAGUACGAGGAGCCGGCCGCUCUGUAUGAUGCCAUCGCCGCCAACGAGGAGCGCCUGGUCAUCUCGCACGAGGGCGACCCGGCCUGGCGCAGCGCCAUCCUCAGCAACACGCCCUCGCUGCUGGCGCUGCGCCACGUGCUGGACGACGCCUCGGAUGAGUACAAGAUCAUCAUGCUCAACCGGCGGCACCUCAGCUUCCGCGUCAUCAAGGUGAACCGCGAGUGCGUCCGCGGCCUGUGGGCCGGGCAGCAGCAGGAGCUGGUGUUUCUGCGCAACCGCAACCCCGAACGCGGCAGUAUCCAGAACGCCAAGCAGGCGCUGCGCAACAUGAUCAACUCCUCCUGCGACCAGCCGCUGGGCUACCCCAUCUAUGUGUCGCCCCUCACCACCUCGCUGGCCGGCAGCCACCCCCAGCUGCGGGCACUGUGGGGUGGCCCCGUCAGCCUGAGCGCCAUUGCCCGCUGGCUUCUGCACAGCUGGGAGAGGCUUCAUAAGGGCUGCGGUGCCGGCUGCAACAGCGGCGGGAACGUGGACGACUCGGACUGUGGCGGAGGCGGUGGCUUGACCUCCCUCAGCAAUAACCCCCCCCUGGCACACCCCACACCUGAAAACACAGCAGGCAGUGGUGACCAGCCCCUCCCUCCCGGCCCAGGCUGGGGCCCUCGGCCUUCUCUGAGCGGCUCUGGUGACGGGCGCCCCCCUCCUCUGCUGCAGUGGCCACCCCCUCGACUCCCUGGACCAACCCCUGCUUCCCCCGCCCCCACCGAGGGUCCCCGGCCCUCAAGGCCCCCUGGCCCCGGUCUCCUCAGUUCGGAGGGUCCCAGUGGGAAGUGGAGCCUGGGGGGUCGGAAGGGGCUAGGGGGAUCUGAGGCGGAGCCAGCCUCAGGGAGCCCCAAAGGAGGCACGCCCAAAUCUCAGGCGCCCCUAGACCUCAGCCUCAGCCCGGAUAUCAGCACCAACGCCUCCUCGCCCCCCAGAGCAGCCCAGGACAUUCCUUGCUUGGACAGCAGUGUUCCUGAAAGUGGCACACCCACUGGGACCCUGGGUGACUGGCCUGCCCCUACUGAGGAGCGUGAGAGCCCAGCCGCCCAGCCCCUGCUGGAGCAUCAGUACUGAGCAGCCUGGUACCCUCUGGAUCCCAGCCCCAGGAUUCAGUAACUUGGAUCCCUGGUCUCUGGCCCUCUCUGCUGGACCACAGAACUGAGUGGUUUUGGCUUCCACAUCUGAACCCUAACUUCUGGCUGCCUUAGCCAGAGUAUCAGAACUAAGUGGCCCAGACGUGUGACCGUGAUCCCUGAUCUCUGAUCCCUAGUCCAGGGCCUGGGCUCCCCAAACUGAGGCAGGCAGCCUUCCAGCCAGGCCCUAAAAGCCAAAUCCAUGGGCUGGUCCCGCUUCGAGCCCGUGGCCAGGACUGACUUGACUUGGCCCCUGGGCCUGUACUGCCUGCAGGGGCAACCCCCUGGCCUGGACCUGGGGCUGAAAUGUGGGAAGGGUGGUUUCUUCUUUUCUUUCUUUCUUUCUUUCUUUUUUUUUUUUCGUGCUUCGGAGACACCAGAAUUAAUAACACUAUUUUUGAUUUUG